AUGAAUUUUGGUAAUCAAACGCCGACAAUUGUUGUUUUGAAAGAAGGCACAGAUGCCUCUCAAGGUAAAGGGCAGAUCAUAUCUAAUAUCAAUGCUUGUGUGGCAGUACAGGAAGCUCUAAAGCCAACUUUGGGACCUCUAGGUUCAGAUAUUCUAAUUGUUAACUCAAAUAAGAAAACUACAAUCUCGAAUGACGGUGCCACAAUUUUAAAGCUGUUAGAUGUUGUUCAUCCAGCUGCCAGGACUUUGGUAGAUAUCUCCAGAGCACAAGAUGCAGAGGUAGGAGAUGGCACAACCAGUGUCACUAUUCUUGCGGGGGAAUUGAUGAAAGAAGCAAAGCCCUUUUUAGAGGAAGGAAUCUCAUCUCACGUUAUUAUGAAAGGUUAUAGAAGGGCGGUCGAGUUAGCCACUGCGAAGAUCCAAGAGAUUUGUGUUGAUAUUUCUAACAACGACAGUGAUAGCAGGAAGCUCUUGGAGCGUUGUGCCAAAACCGCCAUGACAUCCAAGCUGAUUUACAAGAAUGCGGAUUUCUUUGUUAAGAUGUGCGUGGACGCCGUGCUGUCUUUGGACAAAGAUGAUCUCGAUGACAAGCUCAUUGGUAUGAAGAAGAUUCCCGGAGGAUCGAUGGAAGAAUCAUUGUUCAUUAAUGGUGUGGCAUUCAAGAAGACCUUCUCGUACGCCGGAUUUGAACAACAACCAAAGAAGUUCAAGAAUCCCAAGAUUCUCAGCUUGAACGUAGAGUUGGAGCUGAAGGCUGAGAAGGAUAACGCAGAAGUCCGCGUGGAGAAUGUCGAGGACUAUCAAGCCAUCGUCGACGCUGAAUGGCAAUUAAUCAUGGAGAAGUUGAAGCAAAUCGAAAGCACUGGUGCAAAUAUUGUGCUAUCCAAGCUGCCAAUUGGUGACUUGGCUACUCAAUUCUUUGCAGAUAGAAACAUCUUCUGUGCAGGUAGAGUGGCUAGCGACGAUCUCGAUCGCGCUAUAUUGGCUGUUGGUGGUGCAAUACAAUCAAGCACAACUGACAUCAAAGGGGAGCACUUGGGAACAUGCGAAGUCUUCGAAGAAAUUCAAAUCGGUUCCGAACGUUACAACCUGUUCCAGGGGUGUCCAAAGGCGAAGACUUGUACUUUGCUAUUGAGAGGUGGUGCUGAACAGGUUAUCGCAGAAGUGGAGAGAUCUUUGCACGAUGCUAUUAUGAUCGUCAAGAGAGCGCUACAAAACAAGCUGAUUGUCGCAGGCGGUGGUGCCGUUGAAAUGGAGGUCUCAAGAUAUUUGCGCAACUACUCUAAGACAAUCGCUGGUAAACAGCAACUAGUCAUCAACGCUUUCGCCAAAGCACUUGAGGUCAUACCCAGACAGCUUUGUGAAAACGCAGGCUUUGACGCCAUAGAGCUACUGAAUAAGCUAAGAAUGGCGCAUAGCAAAGGCGAAAAGUGGUACGGUGUCGAUUUCGAGACUGAAAGCGUCGGUGAUAACUUUGCUAAAUUUGUAUGGGAGCCGGCAUUGGUGAAGAUAAACGCCCUGAAUAGUGCAACUGAAGCAGCUAACCUUAUCCUUUCAGUAGAUGAGACCAUUACAAACAAGGGAAGCCAACCGGCAAAUGCCGGUAUGGCACCGCCUCCCGGUGCCGGCAGAGGAAGAGGUCUGCCCAUGCAAUGA